AUGUCUCCAGAUUCAACACAAGCACUUUUACGUUUAAAUUCCUAUAGGUUUUCCUACUAUUUAAGUCAUGAACGAUCACAAUUUUUUAAUGAUUUGCUUCAACAAAUAAAAAAAAGUAUUUCUUUGAUGAAUGAUCAAUUGCAAGUAACCUAUAAUACUCAAUCAGAUCCCUCAGAUUUCUCUAAGCUUUUAGUAGAAUUUUCAAUUCAUAAGGCAUCUGAUCCUUUAAAUGAUCCAAGUACAAACGAUAUUAUCAAUGAUCUAGAUACUAUUAUAAAGAACAAAUAUAUUAGCUCUCUUUCUGAUAAACCAUUUAUGAUGUUUCUUGACAAUCAAUAUGGAUUUCAAGCCAAAC